AUGUUGAGUAGAAGCAGUCGAAGACUCGUUGUAUCUAGUCCGAGCAUAAUAAUAAGAAGACGCAUAUCUACCACCAAAGUUGCUCAAUUUGAAAGUAAAAAUAGCAUUUUAGAUAAAUAUAAAAAACCCGAAGAGGUUGAAUCACCAAGUCAAUUAGCAGCUGAUUCAACAUUACCUAAUAUAAAACAAGAUUUAAAGACCAAUCCUCGUCAAGCCAGUCUGAAGGGUCCAUUCUUGUCGGAUAACUCGAUUGAAAAUGAUCCAACUUAUAAGAUGUCAGGCUGGAAACAAUCCAUAGGUCAACAAGUGAUUAAACUUUUUCAAAUUGAUAUGGAUAAAUCAAGAUCAGGUCCAGUGGCAGGUUCAGUAUAUUUCGGUGAAUGUAAAAGGCAAGGAUUAUAUUAUCCUGAUGAACCACUUAGUGAUACUGCUAAGUUUUAUUAUGAAACUUUAAAAUUACCUCAAUCAUUCAAUCAACAAUUUCAAAUUAGUAUUUUACAUUAUUGGAUUUUAUCAGUUAGAAUGAGAGCUUUACCAUUUAAAUAUGGGAAAGAUUAUCAACAAAAAUUAGUGGAUAGAUUAUUUAGAGAUUUAGAAUUAAGAAUGGCUCAAGAAUUAAAGAUUAAUUCAAAUCGUAUUAUUGAAGGUUAUUUAAAAGAUUAUCAUACACAAUUAUUAGGAUCAGUGUUAACAUAUGAUGAAGGGUUGGUGACUGAUGAUAUUACUUUAGCAUCAGCAUUAUGGAGAAAUGUAUUUAAUGGUAAUCCAAAUGUUGAUAUUAGACAUAUUGAAGCAUUAUUGGUAUAUGUUAGAUCCCAAUUAUAUGUAUUAAGUAAGAUGACUGAUAGAGAAUUUGGAUUUGGGAAAUUCAAAUUUGUUCCACCUAAUCAAACUGUUAAACCAAUUACCAAAGCUCAAGAACAAGAAUUAAUAGAGAAAGCUAAACAAGAGUUUGCUACUAGUGAUUUACCAUCUCAAAAGAGUGUAUUAUCAUUAGAUGAAUAA